AUGGGUUGUCUUCACUUUUUCCUUUCUGCAGCAGCAUUGGUAGUUCUGGUUUUGGCAGCCAUUGAUGGAGCUCAAGCAAAUACCAUGGUCAGUGGCACAGUCUAUUGUGAUCAAUGCAAAGAUGGUGAAAGGUCCCUCUUUGAUUAUCCAGUCAAUGGAAUCAAAGUACAAGUGGCAUGUAGUGACAGUAAUGGCCAAGUGACAAUGUCAAGGGAGCAAACUACCAACUGGUUUGGAAACUAUGCUGUGAGAUUUGAUGGGACACCAGAUUUGAGGGGAUGUUAUGCCAAGGUCUCGAGCUCAGGUGAAGGCUCAUGUGGGAUUCCUGCUGGUCCUGCUCAAAGUCUUAAACUAGUGUUUAGCAUGUUUGACAUGGAAAUGUAUGCUGUGGACUCUUUGCUCACUCAACCUGCUCAGCCUAUGUCAUAUUGUCCAAAGUCACCUAAUCCUGUGCCUUCUCCGGUGAUCACACCGGCACCGCCUAGACAAGUAGCACCAGAUCCGCCUAGACAAGUAGCACCGGCUCCUCCUAGACAAGUAACACCGGCACCGCCUAGACAAGUGACACCAUCAAGUCCUCCACCUUACAGGCUUCCCCCAAUUGCUCCAUUGCCGCCAAUGCCUCACUUGCCACCACUUCCGCCAAUGCCUCACUUGCCACAACUUCCACCAAUGCCUCACUUGCCACCAUUGCCACCCCUGCCACGGCUGCCUCCCAUGCCACCAGUGCCCUUCUUGGAAGCGACAGCCUGCCCCCAUCAGAGUUGGACAAGGCCAGAGUACAGAUGCUACUGGAGGGCAGUGAGACCAGACACAAAGGUAGCAGUUGUUUUCGGAUUGCCUGCAGCGGAAAGAUAUGGGACUGACCUAACAUUGUGGCAAGGUCUUCAGGGAAGAGGAGACCCUUAUAGGACUCUCCUAAGGGAAAGCAUCACUGCCUUUCUCAAUUCCUACAACAGCCUUCAAUACACUUACAAUACCUUUGCUGUUGUGCAGCAAAUGAACUCGGGAUUGAUGGGUUCACAGAGGAAUGUGCUCUAUACAGCCUUGAGGUUCAUCAGGGCUAACUCAGGCCAUGGCAGAGCCACUUGCAAAUUUACUGCUUUCUUGCUCAAACCAGAAAAAGAAAUGAUAAUCUCCUCAUCGUCUGCCAUGGUGAAACCAAGCGUCCCUCACAUCUCAUCCUUAUUGCUUCUCAUUCUCCUCUUCACAUUGUCAUCUCUGCCAUGUACAUCCGCAGCCAGCAAACUCUCACUUGAGGAAGCCACCAUAGAUGAUAUGCAGCUUGCUUUCAAGCACAACCAACUCACCUCGAGGCAGCUUGUCCAAUAUUACCUUGCCCAAAUUCGAAAAUUAAACCCAGUCCUCAAAGGAAUCCUAGAAGUCAACCCUGAUGCGCUUAGCCUUGCCGACAAGGCUGACUAUGAGCGUAAGACUAAGGCACCAGUGUCACUACUCUCUAAGUUGCAUGGAAUUCCUAUUCUGGUAAAGGACAACAUUGCAACCAAGGAUAAGAUGAACACCACUGCUGGUUCUUUGGCGCUGCUUGGAUCUGUCGUACCUCGUGAUGCCGGUGUGGUGCAGAAGUUGAGGAAAGCUGGGGCUAUCAUUUUGGGAAAGGCUAGCUUGAGCGAGUGGUCACAUUUUAGAUCUAAUGCUGCACCUUCUGGUUGGAAUGCCAGAGGCGGUUAUGGCCUGAACCCUUACACAUUCUCAGACCCUUGCGGCUCAAGCAGUGGUUCAGCAAUAUCAGUGGCAGCAAAUAUGGUCUCGGUGUCAUUAGGUACUGAGACAGAUGGUUCGAUCUUAUGUCCAUCAGGUUACAACUCAGUUGUGGGUAUCAAACCAACAAUUGGUCUUACUAGUCGAGCAGGGGUUGUUCCAAUUUCUCAAAGACAAGAUACUGUUGGGCCAAUCUGUAGGACAGUAGCAGAUGCUGCGUAUGUUCUUGAUGCCAUUGCAGGCAUCGACCACAAUGACAUUGCAACAAUUGAGACAUCAAAGUACAUUCCCAGAGGCGGUUAUGCACAGUUUCUCAGGCGCGACGGACUUAGAGGAAAAAGAAUAGGGAUAUUGAGAACUUUCUAUGAAUUUGGCAAUGACACAUCCUUGGCUCAAACUUUUGAGAAGCAUCUCAAUACUAUGAGGAAAGGGGGUGCUGUUUUGGUAGACAAUUUGAAGGUGGCUAAUUUUUCUGAAAUCUAUUUCUCAAAUGAUGAAGAUAUUGCAUUGUCUGUUGAGUGCAAAAUAUCCUUGAAUGCAUACUUGAAGGAGUUGGUGGCUUCCCCAGUGCGAUCCUUGGCAGAUGUCAUAGCCUUCAACAACAAACACCGGAAACAGGAAAAGAUUAAAGAGUAUGGACAAGACCUACUUAUAGCAGCAGAAGCAACAAAUGGGUUUGGAAAAACAGAGAAGCAGACUUUGUUGAAUUUUGCAAGGUGGACUAGAAAUGGUCUUGUGAGAUUGGUGACACAGAAGAAGCUAGAUGCUGUGGUGACUCCUAAGUCAGAUUUCUCAAAGCUACUUGCAAUUGCAGGAGCCCCAGGUGUAACUGUUCCAGCCGGUUUCGAAAACAAUGGGAGACCAGCUGGUAUAUGCUUUGGUGGACUUCGGGGUUCAGAGCCAAAGCUAAUUGAGAUUGCAUAUGCUUUUGAGCAAGCCACUAAGAUAAGAAAGCGUCCUACUUUCAAAGGCCUCAAGUUUUAGAACAACAUUGUAUUAUGAGAAGAACUACUAAAUAUGAUUUACCAAGUAAUAAGAAAAGAAUGAGUGA